AUGUUUAUAACGGUGUCCUAUGUGAAAGAUGUGAUCUGCAAGUCGCCCUCUAUCGAAACGUUUAAUCCAGAUCCACCCAUUGUCGCAAAAUGUCAUGCCAGUGAGACAAAGGAGGAAAUUGAAAAAAUAUGUGGGGAAUUGAAUGAUGAUUCCGUUUGCAAUGAUGUGGUGAAGUUUGCAAAGUGCCACGUCGAUCAACUCGAGAAACUUUGUCAUGCUGAGAAUAUGAACAAAAUUGUCAUCGAUUUCUACAAACUUCUCUCAAAAAUAGAUCCGAAAUUUGCGCGAUGCGCCGGUGAAGUCAUUAUGGCAAUGAACAAGGUCAGUUUCGGAGAUGAUUCGGCCGAGAAAUCCGAUGAGAAAUCCGAUGAGUCAAAGGAGGGAUUUGACCCGAAAUACGCAGAAGCGUACGCCCGUGCUGCUAGACUGUUGACGAACGCCGGCUGGGAACUUGGGUCAAAUUUUGACGAAUUCUUGGCAUACCAAAAAGAAUUCGGAUUCAAGCUUGACGAGAACAGAAUGGCGGAAGAACUGAAAAUUUUCGAAGAAAACGAAAAAGAGUUGAAAGAGCUUCAAGAAGCGGCCGAAAAGGAAAAAGCCACCUACAAACUUGGACGUAACCAGUACAUGAUGUUGGAUGAUGAUGAGUUCCGAGAGAAAGUGCUCGUCGAUUCUAAAAGCUUUGACUCGCCUCUUGACAAAGAAGCCGUCGAUGUAGAGGAAGCUAAGAAAUUGUGGGAUGAAGGAAGAGAAGAACAGAAUGAUUGGCUCCAGAAAAUGGAUGAAGAGCGUGGAGAGACUACGGGACAGACAACAAGAGCGAGACGAGGUGCCAACCUCCUACCGGAGACUUUCGACUGGAGGAACUACGGAGUGAUCAGCCCGGUCAAAAACCAGCUCGAGUGCUCGAGUUGCUGGGCGUUCACUACGGUCGGUCUUAUGGAGGCACAGCAUGCUAUCAAAACGGGAAAAGCGUCGAACGGAAAGAACAUCGAGUUGCUCGACCUGGCCGAACAGCAAAUGGGCUGCAUGAAUAAAGCGAAAGCCACGCCAGAAGGUGUUUGUAAUCCACAACCCACCGCUGACGCCCUCGAUUUCCUCAAAGAUAGUAACGGAAUUGGCUUGGAGACCGAUGCCCCUUACCAUAUCACCGGUGAUAUGGGAUGCUAUCAAAUUAAUAACCCAAAAGUCCGAGUCUCGAAAUACAUCUGGCUUGGCGAAAACGCAUCGGUCGAUACAAUCAAGGACGCCGUCAGGCAGGGCGGACCGAUUGCCAUUGCCAUGCUUUUUAACAAGGAUUUUGGAUUCUACAAGGGUGGAAUCUUCUCCAAGGAGUGCCCUGAUGACAGCAUGGGUGGUCAUGCGAUGCUCCUUGUCGGAUGGGGCAAAGAGAACGACAUUCCUUAUUGGAUCGUCAAGAAUUCGUGGGGCGAGAAAUGGGGAGAGAACGGCUUCAUGAAGGUUCAAAUGGGCGUGAAUCUGUGCAACAUCGAAACACGAUCUCUGCAUCAAGCAACAAUCGUU